CUAUUGUUUUGAAAAGAUAAACAUAUAUAAUUCUGAUAUUAGGGUUUUCUUUCGAUCUUCCACUUGUCAGUUUUGGUUAAUGAGUUUUGGUUGAAUGAGGGAAAGGCUUUGAAGCCAAGGGAUUUGUCGUUGUUUCAUGGGAAACACAUGCCGAGGAUCUUUUGGGAGCAAAUAUUUUCAGGGCUACAGUCAGCCUGUGGAUACCUCGAUCUCUAGGCGAAACACUUCCGAGCAUUCGAACUCUGAUCAUUCACCAACCAGUUUGAACGCGCAGCAGGUGAUUACUGACGAAUUCGCCAAAGAAAAUCACAAGAAAGACAAUAACAGCCCAACCGGAAAGGACAACGCCAUGAGGCGAGGGAUCGAUAACCAGGCUUAUUACGUAUUGGGUCAUCAGACUGCUAACAUCCGUGAUCUUUACACGUUGGGUCGUAAAUUGGGUCAAGGACAAUUCGGUACCACUUACUUGUGCACUGAGAUUGCAACCGGUAACGAAUACGCUUGUAAAUCUAUCACCAAGAGGAAGCUCAUUUCAAGGGAAGACGUGGAAGAUGUCAGGAGAGAAAUUCAGAUAAUGCAUCAUCUCUCUGGUCACAAGAACAUUGUGACCAUUAAAGGAGCUUAUGAAGAUCAACUCUAUGUGCAUAUCGUGAUGGAGCUCUGUGCUGGGGGUGAAUUAUUUGAUCGCAUCAUUCAGAGAGGGCAUUACAGUGAAAGGAAGGCAGCUGAGUUGACAAAGAUCAUCGUGGGUGUUGUCGAGGCAUGUCAUUCCCUUGGUGUUAUGCACAGGGAUUUGAAACCAGAGAACUUUUUGCUGGUCAACAAAGACGAUGAUUUCUCACUCAAAGCCAUUGAUUUUGGGCUCUCUGUAUUCUUCAAACCAGGUCAAAUCUUUACUGAUGUGGUUGGAAGUCCAUAUUAUGUUGCUCCUGAGGUACUUUGCAAGCAUUAUGGGCCGGAAGCAGAUGUAUGGACGGCAGGAGUGAUACUGUAUAUAUUGCUGAGUGGUGUACCACCUUUUUGGGCAGAAACACAGCAGGGUAUAUUUGAUGCAGUGUUGAAGGGGCAAAUUGACUUUGAAUCAGACCCAUGGCCUCUAAUCUCUGACAGCGCUAAGGAUCUCAUCCAAAAGAUGCUCUGUUCUCGGCCUUGUGAUCGCUUGACCGCUCAUGAAGUGCUUUGUCAUCCCUGGAUAUGCGAAAAUGGAGUUGCUCCUGACAGAGCAUUGGAUGCUGCUGUCCUUUCUCGCCUAAAACAGUUCUCUGCAAUGAAUAAGUUAAAGAAGAUGGCUUUACGGGUUAUAGCUGAAAGCUUAUCUGAGGAGGAAAUUGCCGGCUUGAAAGAGAUGUUUAAGGCAAUGGAUACUGACAACAGUGGUGCAAUCACAUUUGAUGAACUAAAGGCUGGUUUGAAAAGAUAUGGCUCUACCAUGAAGGAGUCAGAGAUCCGUCAACUUAUGGAUGCAGCUGAUGUGGACAACAAUGGGACUAUUGACUAUGGGGAAUUCAUUGCUGCAACUGUACAUCUUAACAAACUGGAACGUGAGGAACAUCUCAUUGCGGCAUUUUCAUACUUUGACAAGGAUGGAAGUGGUUACAUUACAGUUGAUGAACUCCAGCAAGCUUGCUCAGAACAUGGCAUGACUGAUGUUCUUCUUGAGGAUAUUAUCAAAGAAGUUGAUCAAGACAAUGAUGGUAGGAUAGACUAUGGUGAGUUUGUUGCUAUGAUGCAAAAAGGUAAUGCUGGAAUCGGAAGAAGAACCAUGCGGAACAGUUUGAAUAUGAGCAUCAGAGAUGCACCAGGAGCUCAUUGACUUCUAACCAUACACAUCAUGUACAGUUAUAUGAUAUUAAGGCGUUUAUAUUGCUGGUUGGUUUGAUUUUUUCCUUAAGAGAUACUGUGGACUGUUUUUCGAGUGGAGGUCCCAUGUCCUUGGCUCCUUGCAGAGAGUUAGAAAGGAUUUUGUCUUUAGUUAUGUUUUGAUAUUUUGGGAGAUUGAAAAAUAGUGUAUCUCUGAAAAUGUAUUUAAAGAGGGGUCAAAUUUCUUUUUCUUUUUUUUUUUUUGAAUUCUGUGAACCUACGUAACAUACUCACAAGAAUGGCAUUUCAUGAAAUGAUGGAAAAUCUUUAUUGUAUACUGAUAGCUCAUAAUAUAAUGAGGAGAUCAUCUGGAAUAAUAAACAUAUUAUGAAAGUAUAAGUA